CCCCACCAGAACUCUUUUCCAAAAGCCGCAGAGCGAAACGAGCACCCCUCGCGCGAUCUUUCUUCGAGAGUUGGUUGGGCUUCCCGCGAGGGUUUUCCAGAGCUCUUCCCCCUUCGCGAGGGAUUCUUUGUUCGAAUCUACGCGUCACCGGGUUUUUGGCUUCGUGUUCGCUUCUGAGGACUAGCACUGGUGGUUCUUCGCCGGAGACGAUGAGCCUGGUGCUGGCCGACGGGGCCGACGAGCAGCCGGAGCCACCCCAUCCCGACGUCAUCGAGGUUGAUCCCACUCGGCGAUAUGUUUGUUAUAAGGAGAUAUUAGGAAAAGGCGCUUUCAAGACUGUGUACAAGGGAUUUGAUGAAGUCAAUGGAAUUGAGGUAGCUUGGAACCAGGUUAGGAUUGAUGAUGUGCUGCAGUCUCCUGACAGCUUGGAGAGAUUGUACUCGGAAGUACAUCUUCUGAAAUCUCUGAAACAUGAUAAUAUUGUGAAAUUCUACAGUUCAUGGGUUGAUGAUAAAAAGAAGACUAUUAAUAUCAUCACUGAAUUGUUCACCUCUGGCAGCUUGAGACAGUACCGUAAGAAACACAAGAAGGUGGACAUGAAAGCAGUGAAGGGAUGGGCGAGGCAGAUUCUGAUGGGGUUGAACUAUCUCCAUGGUCAGAAGCCACCAAUCAUACAUCGGGAUUUGAAGUGUGAUAACAUUUUUAUUAAUGGAAACCAUGGAGAGGUGAAGAUUGGGGAUCUUGGGUUCGCAACUGUCAUGCAGCAACCCAAUGCUCGAAGUGUAAUUGGGACUCCUGAGUUUAUGGCACCAGAACUCUAUGAUGAAAAUUAUAACGAGUUGGUAGAUAUAUACUCCUUUGGGAUGUGCAUGCUAGAAAUGGUCACCUUUGAGUACCCAUACAGCGAAUGUACAAAUUCUGCUCAAAUAUACAAAAAAGUUUCUUCUGGGAUAAAGCCUGCUGCUCUUUCAAAAGUAAAUGAUCCAGAAGUGAAAGCUUUUAUAGAGAAGUGCCUUGUUCCAGCUGCUCAGCGAUUACAAGCACGGGACCUUCUAAGGGACCCUUUUCUCCAGGUGGACGUGUCAAAUGGAAAUCAAGGGAACCAAUCUCUGCAACUGCCUGAUAUCGUCAAACUAAGCACUGGGUUGGGUGCCUCCAAAGACCAUUGUGUUCAUUCAAAAGAACCAAAAAGUAGCAUACAGCAAGUACAGUGUCAUGAAGAUCUCGAUGAUGAUGAUGAUGAGCCUGCAAUUAUCGCUGUAGUUGAAAACCCUGAUGGUAAAAGUUCAAACUUGCUAACUUUGGAGGUACGAAAGAAAAGAAAAGAUGGUGGAAUUAUAUUAAAAGGGGAGAGGAAGGAGACUGAUUCUGUAUCCUUGAAAGUACAGAUUAUUAAUGGGAAAGGUCGCAUAGGUCAUGCCAACAAUGUUGACUUCCUCUUUUACCUGGAUAGUGAUACUUCUCUUUCAGUUGCUAGUGAGAUGGUUGAGCAACUUGAACUGGCACAGAAGGAUAUAAAGCUCAUUGCAGGGUUAAUUGAUUCAUUAAUUAUAAACUUGAUACCUGGAUGGAAACCAUGCGUUGCCAUUGGUCGGCUGAUAACUCUAGAUGGAACUCGAAAUCCAAAGGAUCUGCAGUUGGUUGAGUGUGGGAAAUUCUCUAAUGUAUCGUCCCAGAGUAUCUCUAAAGCUGCUGAUGUUUUUGUCCCCCGUCCCUUUGUUGAUUCCAGCUCCAAAGAAGGCUCCGAUCAGCCAGUGUAUGAUGCUGUGGUUAAUGGGAAACUCGAUCAUGUCACAGAAGAUGCUGAUUUUGGAUCUGCGAAUGUGGUUGCAUUGGUCAAUCAGGAUUCUGAGGGUAAUUAUGGAAAGUCCCCACGUUUCUCUCCAUCAAACCUUGUGGAUCAUAAUUGGUUAAAUAUGGAGGGAGUGGUUAAAGGGGCUUUGUCAAAAGUUGAGAAUGACAUGAUCCUAGAUCAGAAAGACAUGGGUAUCAAUGGUGUUGAUAUGUCAGCCUUCCUGGGAAAUGGUUCUUCAUUGGUUUUAAUUCAUGAACAUGAAAUUGACGAGGAGCUGAGACUAUAUUUGGAAUCUAUUGAACUACUGUAUCAGCAGGCAAUAAAGGACAUAUCUCAGAAAAGAGAGCAAACCAUUGCAAUGGCAAAGCAAAGGGCAUUUCAGAGGAAGCAAUUGUUGUCUCGUUGAUAUUUUCUCUGCUACUUGUCUUCUCAAUCUUUUCAUGAGAGAAUGUUUGCAGAAGAGGACAUCACAUGUAGGAAAUUCCUGUGUCCUAUCUUCUGAAGAUAAAUUUGAGAGCAAAUAGCUGAAGUGGAUUAGUUCCUGCUGAUCUGUGUCUUUUUUCUUUUGAGCUACUAUGGUUGUUUGUUGAUGUUGCUGGAUA